GUUUCCGAGGACGGAGAUGAAGAUGACGGACAACGAGGGCCAGGACCACACUCGACGCCGUCCUCCUCGUCGGGCUCGGCGGCUGUCGUUUACACUCGUCUGCCAUUGGUGGCCGCCGAUAGCUGCGGGUAUUUGUUAGAGACGCCGCGCCUACAGGAGCAUUCUGAUUUUCAUCGAGCCGAACAACAAACCACCGGGACGAUGAAAGCUAUGGAACGCGCCAGGGAGUGGUAUGAAAAGAACGCGAAUCGACAUCGAAGCUAUUUCGCCAACAUUGGAAAUAACCGCCUUUUGGAGGAAGAAGAAGCUCUUGCGAAACGUUAUUCUGAGACGAUACCGUUACCGUAUCGCCUGCCCGUCUCUGAAUCGGACAGGAACGAAGUGCAAAAGGAUCUGUUCGAAAAGCGCCAUGGGAUCGAGUUUCUCAAAUGGGCGGUAGAUAGAACGGACGAAAAAGGGGACGUUUGGCUGAGUCAAGACCUAAACUUCGACUUGCUGAAAAGCCGAGCUUAUCAAAUGUAAAAAUGUCUGGGUCUGGAAGAAUGCAUGUUUGUCAUGCUUGUCUGGCAUGACUCUUAAAUCUGUCACUCACGUUACCCAAGAGCGCCACUUUUCUGUCAUGCAGAAACGCAGUUUGUCAUGCAGAAUAGGCAACACCUAGAAGCUCAGAAACUUCUCAUGCUGAGCCAGCACUUGUGGCCUCCUCAUGAUACGCCACCCAGCAUCACAAGUUUCCAGACCCAGACAUAUUUGCAUUUGAUAGAGCUGCUCACGACGGCAUUCUCAGCCCGAUACUCGACGACGCGACAAAGAUACUCGACGACGCGACAAGGCUACACCAGCAGAACGGGAGGUCGGCACGUCUUUCCGAUAGUCGUCGGGGAUGCUGCGGUCGUCCUCGUCGCCGACGGGAGGCGUCGCUUGAAGCGGGUGAUGUCGUCGCCGAUCGGUCUGCGGUGGAAGCGUUUGGGAGGCGGCACUCGGAACUGAAGGCGGAGCUAAAUGACGACCUUCAACCGACUCCGGAAGGACGGGGUGGCGCAGCGUACGAAGCAAAAAAAAAGUAUAAGUUCGCACCUGAGCCGCCCCUUGAAAGUUUUAAAACGUUGCACUCUCGUUUGGUUGUGAUGCAGGCCGCUUUGGUGCAGGAGGACUAUGCUGGAGCGGGUUCUUUGUUUGGACUCGCCUUCAAACAGACGGCAACUUUUCGCGAC